AUGUCUAUCCAGGACCGCACCACAGAGUUCCACGCCCUGACAACGUCGGCGAGCAAGAAGCUGAGCAGGAACAAUCCGAGCUCUGCGCAUGCGCGGUUACUCAGCAACGGCAAGGGAGAGGAGAAACCACGGCGGCAGGGAGGAAGAGGGGAGUUUGCGAGGAGGGCCAUGGAUAUUGGGAGGGCGAUUACGGACACUAUGGGGAAGUUGGAGAGGUUGGCGAUGUUGGCCAAACGCAAAGCCCUCUUCGACGAUAAGCCCGUAGAGAUCGCCGAGCUCACCUAUGUCAUCAAGCAAGACCUCUCGUCCAUCAACGCCCAAAUCUCCUCGCUGCAAGCCCUCACCCGCUCCAAGGCCACAACCGGCAAGUCCGAAGAAGGCGAGCACUCCAAGAACGUCGUCGUCAUGCUGCAGGGCAAGCUCGCCGACGUCUCGGUCGGCUUCAAGGAGGUUCUCGAAGUGCGCACCAAGAACAUCCAAGCCUCGCGCCACCGCACCGACCAGUUCGUCUCGAACGUGCGCUCCAACUCCGCAGACCCGAACAACAUGCCGUCCUACCACUCACCGCUCUACGCCACGCCCUCGAGCACGCCGCGGCCGGCGACGCAGCCAGACCUGCUCUCCCUCGACCCCACGCCCGCCGCGGCGGCGUCGUCGGCGAUGAAUGCGCAGCAGCUGGCGCUCAUGGAGGAGGGGUCCGCGGCGAAUUCGUACAUCUCGGCGAGGUCGGAGGCGAUCGAGGCGAUUGAGAAGACAAUCACGGAGCUGGGCGGAUAUUUACGGGAGCUGCUGAAAUACUGGGCGAGAGUUAGUAGUAAUCGGUGGUUGGUGGUUAAGAUGUUUGGAGUUUUGAUGAUAUUCUUCCUCUUAUGGUCUUGA